AUGGCUGAGCAGAUUGAGCGUGCCUUUCAGAAGCAGAAACUUUUAGGUAAAAAGGGGUCACGUUAUUACAAAUCCAUUGGCCUUGGAUAUAAAACCCCCAAAGAAGCUAUUUUCGGCACCUACAUUGACAAGAAAUGUCCCUUCACUAGUGACGUCACAAUUCGCGGUCGUAUUCUCACUGGGACCGUUCGUAAGAUGAAGAUGAAUCGUACCAUCGUAAUUCGUCGUGACUAUAUGAAGUAUGUCAGGAAGUACAAGCGUUUUGAGAAGCGACACAAGAAUAUGUCUGUCCAUAUGUCUCCGUGCUUUCGUGACGUUCAAAUUGGCGAUACUGUAACUUGCGGUGAAUGCAGGCCCCUCAGCAAGACCGUGAGCUACAAUGUCAUCAAAGUGUCGAAAGCAAGUGGCUACAAGUCGAAGAAGGGAUUCAACAAAUUCUAA